AUGGCACCCGCCUGGACCCGCCUGAUCCGCUACAUCUCCGCCCAAGACGGCGCAACACGUCUCGGCGACCCCAUCGUCCCCUCCGACCAAAAACAUCCCGACAUCGACGCCCUCGCUCUCGCCGGCGGCCUCAAAGUCAAAGUCCUCCAAACUGGCACCAACCACCCAGUCCACGCCACGCCCACCGACCAAGAAGAUGUCGUGAAAACGCUCCUCGGACCUCUCACUCCUCAGGAUGUGCCGAUUGUGCGAUGUGUGGGCUUGAAUUACAAAACCCAUAUUCUCGAAACCGGCUUCGAUUUACCCGAGAAUCCGACAUUGUUUAUUAAAUCUCCCAUGACGGUGGCGGAUACGAGACAACCGACUCCGAUUCCCAAAUUGGGUCAAUUGCAAUUGGAUUAUGAAGGUGAAUUGACCAUUGUUAUUGGCAAAGAUGCUAAGAAUGUUUCCGAGGAAGAUGCCCUCUCCUACGUCGCAGGCUACACAUCCAGCAACGACGUCUCCUGCCGGGACUGGCAAAUGGAAAAAUCCAAAGCCGGAAUGAUGCCUCAAUGGAGUUUUUCCAAAUCCUUCGAUAAAUACGCUCCCUUGGGCCCCGCCAUCGUCAGCACCAGUGUGUUGGGAGAUGCAUCCGGAUUGACGCUUCGCACAAUGGUGAAUGGAGAGGAACGACAGAAUUCCAAUACGAGUGAUUUGUGUUUUGGAGUGAAGAAACUCGUGAGUUUUUUGAGUACGGGUCAGACGUUGCAGGCGGGGACGUUGAUUAUGACGGGGACUCCGGGUGGAGUGGGAUUGGGGUUUAAGCCGCAGAAGUUUUUGAAGGAUGGGGAUGAGGUCGUGGUGGAUAUUGAGGGGAUUGGAAAGGUGGUGACGACGAUGCAGUUUGAAUGAAUGAGAGAGAGAGAGAGAGAGAGCAGUUGAGAUGUGAUGAUGACAUAUAAAUAUAUCUAUGUAUAUACAAUAGCUCAUGUAUGCUGAACCAACUGCAGGUAGAAAAAAAAGUCAUCUUUGGAUCAG